AUGGAUCCAGAAUCAGAUAUUAAGAAACAGAUUCUUGCAAGUUUAGCAUGUCUAGAUGAUAGAGCAUUGAAUUUCAAGGUCAAGUUGGAUCAUCUCAACAGGCUUGUAGAUCUAAAGAAAUCUGUUACCGACAUAUCAAAAUUGAUUCCAAUUUCACAAUUCCUAAAAACUGUAAGAAUAUUUUUAGCAACACCACCAAAGACAAUGAGAACAUCGGCAUUGCGUGUCAUUAGAUAUUAUGCGACGACACCACGAUUCAUCCAGGAGAUCAUUCAGUUGAAGAUACAUUAUUUCAUUACGAGAUCGUUGGAGCGAGACAAGCAUAGCGAAGCAGAGAGAAUUCAGGCGUUGAAGUUGAUUCGUACGAUUAUGGAGAUCGAUUGCUCUGUGAUGCCACCGUGUAUCGUCAAGUCACUGGUUGCAAUCGCUGAGAAUCAAGAGGAUAACUUUUGUCGUGUCUGCUUGGAGACACUCUGUGAGGUUGCCAUUCGCAAUCCACAGACCACUGCACAAUCGAAUGGUAUUCGUAUGCUCUUUGACGCUGUACUCGAUCCCUUCUAUCAAGGCACCCAAGAAUCGUUGCUCAUCGCCAUCCUCUACAUUCUCAACGAAGAGAAAACACGUGUAUAUGUUAGACCAACAUCUGAUCUCGAGAUUAUAUUAUCACCAUUAACAAAUUCAUUGACUUUGGGUGUGAAAAUCAAGGGAAUGAGUAAAGAGAAGGAAAAGGAAAAGGAAAGAGACGACGAGUUGAAUAUGAAAAAGUGGAAUGGCAGCAUCAAAGCAGUGGUUACACUAUUGAAGAGUUGGAUCGGUAUCAUCAGUUUGUCAUCGGAUGAACAAGGUUUGAAAUCAAUAGUCGAAGCAUUAAAGAUGCCUCAAAUCGAAUUGAAUGAUAAGAUAUUGGAUGCAUUAUUUGAAAUAUUUAGAUUUGGACAGCCAAAGAGUGGUGAUCCGUUUAGACAACAAAAGGCAUCACAGAAUCUUAUAUUUGGACCGGAUACACUAUUUGAUUUGCCAUCGAGAAUGAAGACCUCUCGACACAACCUGUUGAACAACUACAUCGCAGUACUACUGAUUGCAUUCAUCGAUUGUGGAUUGAUCGAGGGUCUUGCUCAUCUUGGUAAUCUCGCCACCAAAGAUGGCUCCGAUCAAGAGAAAGAACAAUACCGCAAUCUCGCCACCAAAGCAACCGUUCUCCUCGGUGAACUACUCUAUAUUUCAAAUUCACUAUUACCAUCUUCUCAAUGUGCAAAACUACAAACAUUACCAGCACUUGUAAAUUCAGCUAUUACUUUUAGGUUGGAUCCAAGAUUGAGAUCGAGAUCGAGUACUAUGGUGACAAAUUUACAUUCCUAUUCGCAUAUUAAGGCAUCGAAUAAUUCUGUGGAUCACUCGGUAUUGAUUGGUUUGACUGGUGCCGACAAGUGGCGAAGAAUCCGUGGACAGGACAGACGUCUGGACAAGGUCGAUGCCAUCAAGCUACCACAUGGCCAAUGCACUGAAGACCAAGUUCAUCAAGCGAAUGCUCUCUUUCCUGCGUCCAAACAACAAGCAAUUCACAUCGAUGUCAUGGAAUCCCGAGAAUCUAAAGUAUGUGCGUGUGGCAUGUGUCAUGUUAGAGGUGCUCAUCUCGCACGAAUGUGGACACGACUAUCUCAAAGACAACAAGACCAUCGUUCAAAUAACAGAGAUGCUGAGGUUGGAGUUGGAGAUGAAUCAAACCACUCCGUCGUCACCACCGAAAGCACACGACAAAGUACCGAGACUGCUCUCUCCGGAGAAAGUGUUGAAGACAAUGGCGCGUGA